AUGUUGAGUUGGCAACUGGCAUCCCUGAUGAUGGCUCAUAGCCUCAAAAUGGCCGUCACAUCCGGUGGAUCUAUCGUUUGCUGCGGCGAGCUGGUUGCAUCCAGCCCCAAAAAACUCUCGAAUCAAUUUUUGAAGCCCCCCUGCUCUUUUGCCUCUCGCUCCGUCUUACUACGGAAUUCCGCUCGCCCAUUCUUAGUGCUCCCACGGCUGAACGGAGGCUCCCGCACCUUAUACACGCCUACCUUUGACCGGCGACAAAUCGUUGAUGGUAACGCUACCUUCGGUGUUAGACAGCAAAAAGCACACUGCCUCCAUUUUCUAAUACUUUACGGCGAUUGGUCCACCGGUCAACUUAUCCUCGCCUGCAGUCGGCCCAAUCGUCCAAUGGAAACUGUCAGCCGGGAUCCAGCCAGCCGACCGCCACGCUCAAACCCCCUCUACGGUGGCGCAUCUGUCUACUACCGGGGCUUUGGAAAUGAGCAACAUCAGCUUGGCAUGCAUCAUUUAGCGACAGCUUCUGACGGCUAG